UGUGAAUCAGCCUCAAUCAGCUGUCACUCAACUCAACUAAAUUUUUGUUGGCCAUGCUAGCACAAAAAUACAAAAAUUAAAACUACACAAAAACAAAAAUUUUAAUAAAAAUGAAUACAAUAAGCGAUAGUAUAGCUUUAAAAAUAAUAAAUGACAACAAUAUCCUUGCUGGAGUUGGCAAUGAAAUACGUUUGUACACAAAAUGCGGCACUUCAACUCUUCCAUUUAAACUUAAAGGAAAAGUCCAUGGAAUUGAGAGUGAAGAAUCAACCAAUAAAUUACUAAUUUAUGGUGAAAAUGAAUUCAUAUUCAUUGAACAAAAUGAUUUAAGCUUUCAGCUUCUCUACAGAGGAUGUCUAUCUGACUGGAUUAGCAGUGGCAAACUUAUGCAAGACGAAGGAACGUUCUUACUUGUAACAGCUCAUAGUGUGGCUAUUCUUUUGAAGUACUCCGAUGAAUCACAAUCUUGUGAAAUUAUAGACAAAAUUUCAUGUACCGAUAAAUCAACUUUAUAUUGUUCGUACAUUUAUGGAUCGAGUUGGGAUAGUUCUUUAAUUCUUGGAGGUAAUGCUUUUGGUGAGCUCUUAAUUUGGCAACCAACAGUCAGAUGCGACAAAACGCCAAACAGGGCGAAACUUCUUCAACGACGACCAUGUCAUAACGGUGUAAUAUUUUCCAUUGAUAUGGACAUGGAAGCAAAGUUGUUGGUUACAACAUCUGACGAUCGUUCUGUUCGUUUCUGGGAUGUAUUACUUGGCGAAGGAUGUGAUUAUAGCAAACAUGCUAUCAUCAAUCCAAAAAGUGGAUAUAGCCAUGUUGCUAGGGUGUUUAAGGCCAAAAUUAUACGCGAAUGUGGUGAAAUCUACGUUUUAACAGGAGGUGAAGACUCAUUUUUCUGCCUUUGGAAUCGCAAUGGUGAAUUGCUAUUUAAACGCCGCCAACAGUUUGGUGCUACAAUAUGGACUCUUGACUAUCAUAAUCCAACUAAAACAAUCAUCACAUCGGGAUCAAGUGGCAAUAUCUUGACUUAUGGUCUACAAGACUGUUUCAAAAACAAUGAACCUUCGAUAUCUGCACUAGAUAGCAAGUCGCUAGAUUCGAAUGAGUAUAUUGCAAAAAUAAAGUAUCUAGAUGAAAAGAACUUUAUUGCAAUCACCAACAAAAAUCGUUUGAUGCAUCGAAACAACGACUUGAACAAUGGUGAUUGGGUUCCUGUGAAUUCAUUUGUUCCAUCUAAGUGCACAGUACUGGAAGUCUAUAAGGGUAUGUUUGUAAUUGCUGGCUAUCAAAAAGUUACUCUAUACAAAUUUAUUGAAAAUCCAUUAACAUUUGAAAAGCUUUUUGAAGGAAACGUUCUCCCAGGUGUCAUAAGAUCUUUUAUAUUCCUCUCUUCAAGUGAAUUCCUGAUAUCUGAUGAAUCGGGUAAUUGCAAGUUGAUUACAUCACAUAAUUUCGAAGAUUCUUUGUUGAUAGAUUUGCCACAAUGCAAAGAGCGAUGGAUUACAUCGGCUUGUAGAAUAGAUUCAGAGUAUUUGAUUAUCAGUAAUCGACAGGGAAGUCUUAUGCUAUUUUCUAUAUUUGAAGGCAAUGAAAGUUCAAAACCAUGCGACACUAUUAAACGUCUUCAUGGACAUCUAGGUUGCACAACUAUUACUCUUAUUCGAGAUGACAAUUCGUCAUGUAUAUUGAAAACAACUGGACAUGAUUAUGCCGUUAAAACAAUUAAGUUGAAUAAGAAAGAGAGAGUUAUUUCAGUUGUAUCCCGAGAAAUAAUUCCAAUCGCUUGGGUAGAGAAAAUAAUUACCUCAACUGACGACGAUAAUGAAUUACUUUUCGGAUUCAAUGAUAACCAUUUUGUGCUAUGGUCACGUGAAAUCGAUACACAUUUCGAGAUACCCUGUGGAGGAGGUCAUCGUUGCUGGGAUUUGCAUAUUGAUUUACCCAAGAAUAUUGUUCACAUGGUUUUCAUUAAGAAUAAACAAGUUCUAAUUCAUCAAAAGACAGUUUUCAACAAAUCGGCAUUAGAAUUGGCGAUACCAAAAAAUAAAUGGCACGUUAAACCCUGCAAUGUUUUAAGUUGCUUUCAAAGUAGCAAAUUGUUCCUGGUAUCUGCUGGAGAUGAUAAUAUUUUAAAAAUAUCUCAUUUGAAUACCAGAAGUAGAAAUUUGACACAAUUGCAUGCAAUUCAUUCGCAUAUUUCUAGUAUUCGUGGAUUGUGUGUGAUAUGGAAUGCAACUCCAGGGAGGCAUAUAAUAUUUUCCUGUGGUGGCCGGGCUCAGAUAUGUGUCACUGCAUUCCAAGAAGACUCUGACAUCUUUGAAGAGAUAAUUGACUAUACAAUCCAGAAAGAAACUAGAUCACAAGACAUCCGUUGUGAUCCUGAGACACGUGUUAUGUCUAUUGACGUCCUCCAGGAAAAUGAGUAUUCGUUUAAAAUAUUUGUAGGUUGUUCGGAUGGAUACGUGCGCCAAUUUAAAAUGGAAAACUCAAUCAUAUCUGAAGUUUCAGAAGUGUUUUAUGGAAAAUGUAUUUUGCACGUUCGGAUAGCAGGCGAUUAUCUUCUUUCCAUAGCAACAGAUGGUUUAGUAUGUUUUUGGAAUAUGGACAAUUUCGAGGUUGAUUUUAAAAUUUCCCAUCACGAGAGUGGUGUAAAUGGUUUUGAUGUUCGAAUUGUAAAUGAUUGUGAAUAUCAUCUCAUUACUGGUGGCGAUGAUCAAAAUGUUGUUCAUUCAAAAAUUCAUCAUAAUUCAGGUGAAUUUAAAGUGCUAACGUUAAAGCGAAUGAAUUAUUUACAUACUGCCCAAGUGACUGCUGUUAAAUUUACACCUUGCAUAGAAUAUUUUUACUCAAGCAGUGUAGACCAAGUUGUGAGAAAAGUUAACUUGGAAACAUUCAAUUCGGAUUGGGAAACACUGUCUUGUGUUGCUGAUGUUAAAGGAAUUGAAUUAAUUGGAGAAAGUGAUAAUUUAUUGGCAUUUAUUUAUGGGUGUGGAUUACAAGUGAUUUAAAAAAAUUAAUCAAAUUGUGAUCUUAUUCUUAAGAAAUAAAAUACCAAUUUUUUUGUUGAAAUUGAUACAAUUUUUAUCAUUAAUUACCUUAUAUUUUUUUUAUUUCACAACGUAAGUAAAUCGUCGCUUGUCUGUCUCAAUAGGAGCUUAAGUAAUACCUAUCGCUCAGAAGUUUCACCAGCGUCUUUAUAAGUACAAAAAAUGUGAUCACCGACGAGCUCAGUUUCUUCUUGUGUAGAUAAAUUAAUGAUAGAUAAUAAUGAAAAUAAAUUUUUUUUUUACGGUUAAGAAAAAAAAAUAUGUAGUUU